ACGAGGCUUCAACUGAAGAGAGAGGAAUGAAGAGCCUUCUUCUACUUUUGGUCUUUGUAACAUUUUCUUCCGCAUUUCCUGCAGACCGAAAGAUGGAAAAUGAAGAAAACACACAACUGGCUCAGGCGUAUCUCAACCAGUUCUACUCUCUUGAAAUAGAAGGGAGUCAUCUUGUUCAAAGCAAGAACAGAAGUCUCAUAGAUGGCAAAAUUCGUGAAAUGCAAGCAUUUUUUGGGUUGACAGUGACUGGAAAACUGGACGCAAACACUCUUGAGAUCAUGAAGAGACCCAGGUGUGGGGUGCCUGAUGUGGGUCACUACGGCUACACUCUUCCUGGGUGGAAGAAAUACAACCUCACAUACAGAAUCGUAAACUACACUCCAGAUAUGGCGCGAGCCGAUGUGGAUGAGGCUAUCCAAAAAGGUUUAGAAGUGUGGAGCAAAGUCACUCCGCUAAUAUUCACCCAGAUUUCCAAAGGGAUUGCAGACAUCAUGAUUGCCUUUAGAACCCGAGUCCACAGUUGGUGUCCCCGUUAUUUUGAUGGCCCCUUGGGAGUCCUCGGCCAUGCCUUUCCUCCUGGUCUGGGUCUGGGUGGAGACACUCACUUUGAUGAAGACGAAAACUGGACCAAGGAUGGAGCAGGGUUCAGCUUAUUUCUUGUGGCUGCUCAUGAAUUUGGCCAUUCACUUGGGCUCUCUCACUCCAAUGAUCAAACAGCUUUGAUGUUCCCAAAUUAUGUUUCCCUGGAUCCUACCAAAUACCCACUUUCUCAGGACGAUAUCAAUGGAAUCCAAUCCAUCUAUGGAGGUCCACCGAAGGCAACUGCUAAGCCAAAGGAGCCCACUGUACCCCGUGCCUGUGACCCUGAUUUGACUUUUGAUGCUAUCACCACUUUCCGCAGAGAAGUAAUGUUCUUUAAAGGCAGGCAUGUAUGGAGGAUCUAUUAUGAUAUCACUGAUGUUGAAUUUGAAUUAAUCUCUUCAUUCUGGCCAUCUCUGCCCCCUGAUAUUCAAGCUGCAUAUGAGAACCCCAAAGACAAGAUUCUGGUUUUUAAAGAUGACAAUUUCUGGAUAAUCAGAGGGUAUGCUGUCUUGCCAAAUUAUCCCAAAUCCAUCCACACACUUGGCUUUCCAAGACAGGUGAAGAAAAUUGACGCAGCAGUCUGUGACCGCAACACAAGAAAAACCUACUUCUUUGUGGGCAUUUGGUGUUGGAGGUACGAUGAAGUUACCCAAACCAUGGACAAAGGGUAUCCACGGAGGGUGGUAAAAUAUUUUCCAGGAAUCAGUCUCCGAGUGGAUGCUGCUUUCCAACAUAAAGGAUUCUUCUAUUUCUCCCGUAGAUCAAAGCAAUUUGAAUAUGACCCUAAGGCAAAGAACGUUACCCGAAUAAUGAAAACCAAUACUUGGUUUCAAUGUAGAGAACCAUUCAACUCAUCAGCUGAUUUUACUGUCAGGGAGGAAGACGUACAUUCCGGAGGAGCGGAGAUGUCUUAUCAUAAGAAUUUAAACUUGCUUAUUUUCAGUGUUGUGCACGUGCUGGAAAAAAGUUACAGUUAUCAAUAAAUUCAUAGACCUACAAUAAACCUCAAGGGGUCUUUUAAUGUGAACUCUGCUUCCAAGCAGAAGAGAACUGUUCUUUAACAUCAAGUCCCCGGUCCUAGUUCCAAAUAUCUGUCGAAUGAAGAGUCAAACAGCUCUUUUAGCUGCCUGAUCCUUUUUACAGGAAGUAUAAACACAACUCUCACAGGACUUUAAACCUAUUUUAUGCUUUGCAGACUUGAAGAAGUAAGCCAUGUGUCUUAUAAUAACAAGCUACUAAAGGCAUUUAUUAAACCAACCUUCAGCAUUCUCUUUUGUCUGGACCUUUGGAGUCGGAGAGGCUGGAUAAACGGCAUUCCUUAUCCCUACCCGUGUUCUGAACCCACUGAGAAAUAACAUACAGUUGAGAGAGUAAAAUACCACCUUCACUAUUGAAAAGCUUGUACUGGAGAAUGUAUCUGGGGACAAGCAAGUUUCCUAAUGUCAAAUUCUAGACUGAGCCAUACUUACUCAUAAGUCAUGGAAAGAACUGGAAAGCACAAUGCCUCCCCAACAAAAAGGGAGCUGCCUACAGACUGCACGGAGCCCAAAGAGAAAGAAACAGGGAUGGAGCUACAUGUGCCUAGUUUCUGCUCCCAAAUUCACCAAUCAAAUAAGUUAUUCCACCUCCCAAAGAGAGGAGUGAGAGCCUAGAGACAUGUAGGAAGUGUUACACUAAAGAUGAUCCCCCAACAAUUAAGAAACUAGCAGAAGCAGGAAAGCAGUGUUCCCGGCAGCCCCCCUCCCCCAACCCUCAACAUAGACCAGUGCGUUGAACCGUUCCUCAGCAAGUUUAAAAGCAAGUUUUGUGCACAUUGAUCUCACAAACGAGAAACGAA